GAUAUUACUAUCGAUAGUAUCCCACCUCUAAGUACUGGUUUGGAAAAGUGUCGGGUAAUAUCUCCGAAUUGGGGUAGACUUAUUGGGCACUCGACGUUCGAAUGGAGAUUUUUACGUUUAAAAAAUUCUUCAAUAAAAUGUGUCUUAUAAAAAUGAAAAACUGGACAAUCGCAUAAUUGUGAUUAUGACCAGCGGCGAUGGCGCUCUUCACUAAAGCGAACGGGGUGAGGGCGCUGCUAUGUCUGGUCGGGAUGUGGGUGCUAUUUAGUGCGUUCCUGAGCUAUAUAGAUAAUAAAACUGCAAAUUACUCAACAUUUAGUAGACUUAGCAUUCGACACAUGCAUAAGUUUUCUAAAGUGGUCAACACUUCCAGUGAUGCUCUAAACGACCAAAUCCAUAGCGCAAAUGAAACUUUUAUUUCUGGUAACAACCCAACACUUCCUGAUAACGAGAUUCAGUGGAAUAGUUCAUCAAUAAACCAGAAGAACAUUUCCAUUGAAAGUCGCCAAUCAACCAGCGAUUUACUGCUUGGUGAAAAGAUACCUAUUGAAAGACAAUACUCGGGUUCUUUGAAUAUAAAAUGUAAAAAUCCAAUAUACGAUGAAAACGAUGGACCAAUAACGCCGAAUACCACACUUGAGUCGUUAGACAUUGUAGAGGCUGAUUUGUCUUCUUUAUUAAAGCCGGGUGGAAACUUCCAGCCACAUGACUGUAUUCCAAAGGAUCACGUUGCAAUAGUGAUACCAUUUCGCGAUCGUUACGCUCAUUUAGCCGUUUUUCUUCGAAAUAUUCACCCAUUUUUAAUGAAACAGCAUAUCGCUUAUCGAAUAUUUCUUAUCGAGCAAACUAACGGGAAAGCGUUUAAUCGUGCGGCACUCAUGAAUAUUGGCUUCUUAGAAGCCUUGAAAAUGUAUCCCUGGGAUUGUUUCAUCUUCCAUGAUGUUGACUUAUUACCUCUGGAUAACCGAAACUUAUACACAUGUCCGCGACAACCGCGUCACAUGUCUGUUUCUAUAGACACAUUAAACUUCAAGUUGCCUUAUCGCUCUAUCUUUGGUGGAGUAUCAGCAAUGACACGGGAGCACUUUCAGCUAGUAAACGGCUUUUCGAAUUCUUAUUUUGGUUGGGGAGGAGAAGACGAUGACAUGUCAAACAGGUAAUAAUGUUUACCUCAACAAAAAAGAACUAAAUCCAUUUGGUGCAAAUAUAUUAUAAUUUGGAUAAA